GCAUUACAAGUCAAGCGGUCAGUGUGUGCUAUUUCAUGUUUGGUCUAGUUCCGUCCAAAUGAUUUCCAAAUAACAAUGAACAUGCAUGUCUUGGAUAAGGCUUCGAUGGUUUUAUGCUGUUGUAAGCACUGAAGUGCAACGAUGUUUCAAUGAGCCUGCGAAAAGUUGCUAUAGGUAAACAAUCGUCGCAGAAACUGUGGCCACCCUUAGACCCAUGAGUGAAGAGUAAAGAUAAUUUAUAUUGAGGACGCGUCAGCAAAUCAGACGAGAUGAAGCGAAGACUACUGCUGGUGUCGAAUUCAACAUUGCACGGGAGUGGAUACCUGGAACACUGUCAGCAACAGAUUAAAGACUUUUUUGGAAAUGAUGUGAAGCGGGUCCUGUUCGUGCCCUAUGCACUGCAUGACAGAGACGCAUACGCCAAGACAGCAAGGGACAAGUUCAAGAGUCUAGGCUACGAGGUGGACAGCAUCCAUGAGGCCUCAGACCCUGUGGAGGCAGUGCGGAAGGCAGAGAGCAUCUUCAUCGGUGGUGGCAACACAUUCCGUCUGCUGAAGUGUCUCUACGACAACCAGGUGGUGACUGAGAUCAGGAAGCGGGUGCUUGAGGAUGGAGUUCCUUACAUGGGCUCCAGCGCCGGCACCAACGUGUCCACCGUCAGCAUCAACACCACCAACGACAUGCCCAUCGUCUACCCGCCCACCUUCUCUGCCAUCGGCCUGGUGCCGUUCAACAUCAACCCCCACUACCUGGACACGGACCCCAACUGCAGGCACAUGGGGGAGACCAGAGAGCAGAGGAUCACUCAGUACCUUGAGGAACCUGACACACCCUGUGUGCUGGCUCUAAGAGAAGGCUGCAUGCUACUAGUGGAAGGAGACAAAGCUACUCUACUGGGAAGCACCAAGGCCCGCCUCUUUAUCAGGGAGAAGCCCACAGUGGAGUAUGAAACAGGAAGUGACCUCAGCUUCCUGCUGACAGAUAGACUUUGACCUGGGAAAACAGCAAGUUUCCUCUCAAAGCAUAGAGAGAACUAUGCCAUUCUGUCCACUUUUCUAAAUCCAUUCUUCACUAAAGACAAUAAAAGUAUGGUUUUACUAGUAAAAUAAUAUUUGUAUCAAGUAAAGCUGUUUACUUCUUA